CAAUCGGCGACAGGCCGCGUGCCGGAACGCGCGUGCGUUUGUGCGCUCACAAGUUUGUGUUCCUCGCUCACUCGGUGGUCCGCCGCGCUCAACCGCGACAACUUCCGCGCACUUGGCAGUCCAACUGUUGCCGCUAAGCGCGCAUUAGUGCUCGCCGACGACUGCCAGGUCCUUUCUACACGAAAGCCAGAAUCGCUGCACCGAACUGUACGGACUUUUUCACUGCCACAGGGAGACGGUUUCGUUUUCGCCUUGACUCGCACCCUGGUUCCCCGCCAGCCGACAACAAGGUACAGCCAUGACGAGGCAAAAAAGAGGCUCCUGGUUUCGCGUGAACUAAAGGGAUCACAAUCCGCAACGAAAAUCGUACAUCGAAUCGUCUACGCUGUGACACCUAAUGCAAAAUAAGUUGAUGGCGUUCCACGAAUUCCGUGACCUACAGCUUCGCGAAGAUGACUUCACAACGGCCAACCCUAGCCACGUCGGAGACUCGGCCGAGGCAUAUACGAGUCCUGCUGCGGCUGUGCACCCCACAGUUGCGGACGCCACUCACAACGUUUCCAUGUCUUCAGAGAUUCUCUGCUACAUGUCGGCGCUCACCGACAUUUCGCAAGGCGAUACCCGGUAUUCGCCCACUUCUUGCCCCGUCGUGUGGGACGGCCUCACGUGUUGGCCCCAGACGCCAGCUUCCUCUCUGGCGGUGGUGCCGUGCUUCGCGUCGCUCAAUGGACUUGACUACGACACCACGCAAAACGUCACGCGGCAGUGUUGGCAAAAUGGAUCGUGGGCGGCACGUUCCGACUAUUCCAACUGUCGGCCCAUUUUGGAAGGAGCCACGGCUGACACGCAAGUCGACGAGACGUUGCUAUACUACAUCGGCUACGGCCUGUCACUCUGCGCACUUACCCUAGCCCUGUGGAUAUUCUUCUACUUCAAGGACCUCAGCUGCCUCAGAAAUACGAUACAUGUGAAUCUCAUGGUUACUUACUUCCUAAUUUCUAUAACCUGGAUCAUCACCGCCACGCUGCAGUCGGUGCCUUUGCCAAAUUUCCAAAGAGCAGCUUGUGGUCUCUACAUUGUUCUCACGUACUUGAUGGGGACCAACUUCUUCUGGAUGUUCGUCGAGGGCCUCUACCUGUACAUCCUAGUCGUGAAGACGUUCUCUGUAGAAGUUGUGCGGAUACACGUCUACGCGUUUAUCGGUUGGGGGUUGCCAGCCAUCAUUACCGCUGUCUGGGCCACGACAAAAUCCUACCUCAGUUCAAGGCAGCACAGCGACCUGAGCAUCUCUGAUAGCGUAUGCGUGUGGCAGAUGAGAGACCUGUAUGACUGCAUCUUCAUCGUUCCAGUGAUUGGCGUUCUCUUGACGAACAUGUUUUUCCUCGCCGAGAUAAUGUGGGUGCUCAUCACGAAGCUCCGAGCUGCGAACACUGUCGAGUCUCGCCAAUACAGGAAGGCUGCCAAAGCUCUGCUCGUGCUCUUGCCACUUCUCGGCGUCACCUACAUUCUCGUGAUCUGGACACCUACGCACAAGACAGCCAGAGUAAUAUUCACCUAUCUACAAAUUACGCUGCUGUCCACACAGGGUUUCAACGUCGCUGUACUCUACUGCUUCCUGAACGGAGAGGUGCGAAAGACUGUGCGACACCACCUGGAGCGCUGGAAGACGGCUCGCGCCUUGAAACGCGGCGGCAGACGUCGCUCGAGCACGUCGCGUUUCGGCGACGUCCGUGUUGCCAACUCCAAGCGAGGAAGCUGCGGAAGCUUCGCUACGACCACCACGUCGCUGGGGAACACGCGUCUCUACUCGGCCACCGGAAAGCGCUUCAGCAAUACUUCUUACGGACCGGUGGCCCUCAAGGACGAACUAGUGUGAACGCGAUCGACCGCCCUUCACCACACGACUCAUGUUCGCAGCGAACCCUCCGACGUUCCUCGCUGAAAAGCAGCACCAACCGCCGACAUACUGGGCUAUUUUCAAUACGAAUUGCUAUGAAGUGUUAGCACAGGAUGCUUGGUUCAUGCCCCAUCGUCUCUAAGUGAACGUUACGUUGCAGCCAUUUCACUACGUAGCAUGGGAAACAGUCGACCGAUAUGAACGUAACGGUUGCUUAUAAUGCAUAGCCACAAGGUAUAUGAGUGAUUUGUGCUACUAAAAUCUUCGCCUGUAAUCGCUGUAUUUCUCAGUCGAAGAUUCCUAGUCGGAUGUGUGGCGAAUUGCAGUGCUUCGAUAUUCAUUAUUAAGCCGUAAGCCUUAUAUGCCUCACUAAACAAGGAAUUUGACCGUCGGCGUCCCGUGUCGUCGGC